AUUGUGGAAGCAACGGACGCCUGGAUCUAGCCACCGCCAAUUUAAUUUAAAACCGGGAAAGUACAAUUUUUAAAUAAAAGUGACAUCGGUCUUGAUUAAAGAUACGUAGCGUUCUCGUAUCUAUUAGUCGUGUUAACAAAAUUUCUUUAAUUGAAGUUCGUGCUAAGUCGGUAUCGUGACCCAACCUUCUAACAAUUACUUUGAUACCGAUCUAUACUAUUUGUCGACGAGUCCUAAUGACUCUAUUUAUUUUGAAGACGUCGUUGUGGUGAAUAAGAGUGGAUGAUAAAACGAAAUGACUUCUGUCACUAGUAGUCGCGUGUGCCUAUAGCAAAUCAUGAGUCCUGUUUACACUAUUCAUAAAAUAGGUCUGAGCAGCAUGGGCCCGGUGCCGAGUGAAGAUGAAGCACGCAGCAACUGGAUGCAGAGACAGUUCUCUAGAGUGACCCGAAAUCUCCGUUAUCGCAUCAGCGGGGAGGGCCAUUCCAAAACGCCGGAUUGGUUUUUGGACAAAUUUGCGGCUCAGACGUUUACCGAUCCCGAAGAGCCCCUGUACCAAGCCAAGCGAUCCAAACUGCUUUGUGGGCUUAAACUUGCGUUUGAUCCAACCCUGCCUGGCCAUUAUCAUUGGUUGGCUGUGGUUUCAUUGGCUAUUUUGUACAACAUGGUGUUCGUCAUCGGCCGAGCAGUAUUCUGGGAACUGGAUAAACUGACGGCGGUGUGGUUUGUGCUGGACUAUCUUUGCGAUGCCAUAUAUCUAAUGGAUACCGUCGUGCACGUCCACGAAGGAUACCUUGAACAAGGUCUUAUGGUAAAAGACCCAAAAAUGCUCAGAUUAAAUUAUUUAAAAUCUGUUUCCUGGCGGUAUGAUCUAAUAUCCCUAUUACCAACAGAUAUAGCAUACCAGUGGUGGACUCCCGGAUCAUGUCAUGCUAAACGUUUGCCGUGCCCUGUUAUUGUACGACUCAAUCGACUGUUUCGCUUGCCUCGAAUGUGGGAGUGGUUCGAUCGGACUGAGACUGCCACAAGUUAUCCGAACGCUUUCAGGAUUUGCAAGGUUGUCAUGGGGAUAUUAGUUCUUAUACAUUGGAAUGCCUGUUUAUAUUUUGCCAUAAGUUAUGCUAUUGGAUUUGGAUCAGACAAUUGGGUAUACAAUAUAACUGGGACCCGGAACGAAACAUUGGCACAUCAAUAUAUUUAUAGCUUUUAUUGGUCUACGCUUACCCUAACUACUAUCGGAGAAACUCCACAGCCAGAAAUUGAUGCCGAAUAUCUGUUUGUUGUUGCGGACUUUUUAGCCGGUGUAUUAAUAUUCGCUACAAUAGUCGGUAACAUCGGCUCAAUGAUUUCCAACAUGAACGUAGCCAGGGUGGAGUUCCAAAACAAAAUGGAUGGUGUAAAACAAUAUAUGGCAUUCAGAAAAGUAAGCGGAGAACUUGAAGCCAGAGUUAUUCGUUGGUUCGCUUAUACUUGGGCGCAAAGUGGAGCACUAGACGAAGAAAAUGUCUUAUCAUCUUUACCUGACAAACUUAAGGCAGAAAUUGCUAUACGCGUUCAUUUGGAUACAUUGCGUAAAGUGAGAAUAUUUCAGGAUUGCGAACCUGGCUUGUUAGAGGCUUUGGUUUUAAAACUGAAACUUCAAGUUUUCAGUCCAGGUGAUUACAUUUGCCGAAAAGGUGACGUAGGAAAAGAAAUGUAUAUUGUCAAACGAGGAAGGCUUCAGGUAGUGGCCGAUGACGGCAAAACUGUAUUAGCCACUUUGAGCGCUGGUUCAGUUUUUGGAGAAGUGAGUGUUCUAGAAAUAGCUGGUAAUCGUACUGGCAAUAGAAGGACAGCUAACGUGCGAUCAUUGGGCUAUUCUGACUUGUUUUGCUUGGCAAAAAGAGAUCUUUGGGAAGCCCUUGCUGACUAUCCAGAUGCAAGAGCAACACUCACUGAACGAGGCUGUCAGUUAUUGAGGAAGGAUGGCUUGCUUGAUGAAGCUGUUUUCGAAAAUGCGCAAACAACUCAACAGAGCAUGGAGGAAACUGUGCAUAAAUUGGAAACUACCGUCGAUAUGUUGGAUAAUCGCCUACAAGGACUACUGACAAACGUUGGCGAAGAACAGGCUAAAUUAAAACAAAGGAUAAACAAGAUAGAACUAAGGGUUUUAGACACGGAAGGUGAAGAUACUGAUUCUGAUGAUGUGACGUCAUUAGCAGCUUCAGAUUUAAGAAGUGAAAUAGGUGCUUAUAGCGAGUUACCGAUGAUCUCAGCGUAUAACACCUCCAUGCAUCUGCUGACACAUCCAAUGCCAGUGCGAGAGCGUGGACACUCACUGAGUGUUGAGAGAUCGUCUGGAUUACUUAACAGAGCUCCGGAGCCACGCAGCAAGUCACUUCGAUUGAAACGGUUUCACAAGGACACUUCAAAAUAAUGUGCAGAAAAAUAUAUUUGAAACAAGAGAUGGUAACGGAUAGAGAUCUUGAAAACAAGAAAGUACGUCAACGACCGAUCUUUAAGAAAGACCUUAUAAUUUGAAAAAAAAAAGAAAUUAUUUUUGAUAGGAUAAAUUUUUACAAAAUUAAAGUGUUUUAUAUUUUCGAAAAUGACCAAAAUCAAGUUGAUUUUAAUUUUUAUGAAAAAAAUUAGAGAAAUUUAUAAAAAACAAUUACGUAAGUAAAUGAUUAUUAUUGGCGCAUUCGGUAUAUAUAAAACCGGCUCCUUUGUUUCGUUUGUCGUAAUUAGAUCAUUUGUUCAAGGUUCGAUUUCCAAAUCGAGCAAGCAGUAGGUAUUUCAUAAAUAAUUUGGUGGGCCCGAAGUUGCACCCGUUUGGUUCACACAGAAUUAUUGUGAACAAACUUGUGCACUGGCAGCCAAUCAUAAUAAUUAUAUACUCGCCAAAUUUUUUUAAACGUAUUGUAACUUUUCGUUUUCAUCAUAUGAAACAAGAGAGACGAAUAUUGUAAUUAAUCACUUAAAUAUAAAUUGAACUGCUGAAAAAUUAAAUUAAAUUGACUGGGUUGUUUGUAAUUAAAUUGAAUGGGUUUGUUUGUAAAGAGGUAGAUUUGUGGAACGCUAAAUUACUCGUGUCAAUAUGAAGUGGCUUUACAGGUGCAUUUCAAGUAUGUAGUUAUUUAAGAGGGAAACGAUGGAACGUCUUACAAAAUUUUUGUCAUAAGAUAAACUCAAUGUUUCACAUUAAAUAUAAGCUUAACUCUUAUUGUACUUAUUUGUAUCGUAGAUGUAAGGAAAAUAUCAUUUUUCAUAUUUAAUUAUAAAAAUAUGUACCUUUAUUAAAAUUUGUUUGAUAGAGAAUGCCAUUUACAAUUUUGAUAUAUUUCUUGAAAUCCAGAAUGGUGCCUCUGAAUAAAAUUAAGUGUAAUUGAGAUUACCUCUAUACAUUCACAACAACAAUAGCAAGGAAUUAAUUUGUAAAAAUUGCACUUUACAAAGGUCCCAUUUUGCUUGAUGUACUUUUUCAUUUACGCUUACAGAAAAGAACAUAAAAUUCAGUAAUAGAUUAUAUAAGAUUGCGAUACAUUUUUUGUUUCCUUCAAAUCUUGCAUAUCUCAAGACACGGACAUGACAUCUAAUGAGAGUUUUUGAGGCAGGAAUAAUUUGGGGCAGUAGACUUAGGGGUUCAGAUACUAAAUUAUUGUCCUCCAUUCCGAGAUUUUAUUGUGGAAAAUAUUAGUAUUUUUUAUUAAUUUAAUUAUUGUUGUUUAUUUUUAAAAUGUGAUUCGAUACAUGGGUAAAUUGCAAUUCGCGGCUAACAAAACCCUUGCCUUCGGCUUGGGUGUCAAAUCUGUCUCAAAAACAGAUUCACCGAUAUUGUAUCCAAAGGGACUGUUAAGUACCCAUAUUGCUCAUACCCAGUUUACAAACUCCGAUCAAAAGUUGAGAAAGCAGCAGCAUCAUUUCUCAUCUAGCUUCAAGGCAUCAUCAAUGCUUAUUUAUUCUAAUUAUUCCUAUUCGGAAUAAAACAGGGAGAGUGAUAUUUUUAUUGGACGUUUAUUCAAAAAAUAAGACAGAAAUGUACCAAGAACUUUUUUUUUCAAAUAAAAGGCAUUGAAGAUAAAUAAGAUAUAAUAGUAUGUAGUAAUUGAUUGGAAUAAAUUAUUCCAUUAAUAUUCACGUACUUAAGUGACGUGAUUUAUCCACAAACGACUCAUUAUUACUUAUUAUGCAAAGUAAAUGAAUCGGUUCAGGUAGCACUACUGGCAAUAAAAAAAAAAACAAAAAUGACAAUGUAUUAUGAGGUAACCCAGUGUUAUUGCGGGCUCGUGCAUACAAAUAUUUGGGCAUCAUACCGCAUACAUGAAGCGUACAGGGGCGUCACGCAUCAUAUCAGAACAUUUUAUUAACCCAAUCGAGUGCCUCUCGAAAGAUAUCACAUUAUUGGCCUUUAUUUGUGAACCUGUCAUUGAUUUCUCGUAUAGGUAUAUAUCAUAAACUAAGAAUAAUGGUCAUAUUGAAAUAACAAUAUUCAUGCAAGGUUCAACUGAUAAUUAAUUUCUGAUAUCUGUGUAGAUAAUUAAUAUAUUCAAAUAAGACAAUUUUGAUGAUAUUAGAGAAACGUAGUCUUUAAUGAAUUAUGUAACUAAUAAUUUGUCGAUAUUUCAAUCAUCUGUAGAAAUGAAAAUAAGAUUUUGUAUAUAAUUCUUAAAUAUUCCAACUGUGUCCAAAUGUGUUUCAAUAAACUUGAACUAGUUAUUUAA